CGUCGUCGCCGCGCUCCCGUCCGCUCGCGCCGCAACGGACGCGACAGGUGGCGACGCCCGUCGCCUGCGCGCUCAGCCGCUCAGCCCGCCUCGCCGACCCAGUCACACAGCCGGCUCUGAAACUUUAAUGUCGCCUCUUGUUUGGAAAUUAUCGUGCAGUGUUCCAUUUGUUUGUUCCAUCGAGAAAUGCAAAUUAAGAGUUUAAUGAGUGUUUAGAAGGUUUACCGAAAAUGGCACCGCACGUUUAGAGGAUUUGGACGUGUCAUUUACGUUUUAAUACUGCUGCGGUAGCAAGGAGUCGUCCGGUGUGGGGCUGAGGGCGGCAUGUGGCGGCGAUGACGCGGCGUGCUCCGCGCGGCAUGCCCUGCUGACAUGGCACCCAGCCGCUCCGCCCUCCUAUCGCUGGCAGCUCUCACAGCACUCGCUGGGUGUUGUGUGUGCGCGCCGCAAGGAAGCGUGCAGGGCGGCGCGCAGGUGCCUGCAGUGUCGCACUCCACCGCGCCGCCCGCCGGCGUCGGCGGCGUCCGCAGAUUCAGUCAGUAUUCCAGGGGGCGAGGAUACCGUGACUGGCGCACUCGGGGAGACCCUACACUCAUCAAUUCGCUGUGGCGCAGCCGGCAGCCAUUAGGCAUUCGGAAACAGCUCGGGAACGCGGAGGUGUACAUAGUGCUCGCGCUGCUGAUCGGCGUGGUGACAGUGGUGGUGGGCUGCUGGCUGUCCGACAACUGCUGGUCGCCGGAGCCCGAGGACGCGCUGGCCGGCUGACCCGUGGCGGCGGGCGCGUGCACGCACGUGUAGCGCCCGCCCUCCGCGCCGGACCGGGACCGGAGCCCCUCCGGCGCGGGCUCGCUGUCCCCGGUGCUGCCCCCGCCGCCGCGCGCCUUCCUGCACGCCGCGCGCCACCUGUGCCGCGGCGCCUGCCUGCAGCUGCCGUGCGACCGGCGCCACCCCUUCUGACACCCACCCUCCGCCCCCUGCCGCCACGACAAACUUAACGGAUUCUACAUCCCCACGGUGGCCAACGGCGGAGUGUGUGAUAACUGACUUAGUGAACUGAAAAUAGUGAACUGACACUUGAGACUACAUGUUUUCUGAAUGCAUGCAAGGUGCGAGUUUUCAAUGAACCACAUGAGCUUCGUAUAAUAUUUCGAUAUAUUCAUAUUGUGUAUGUAGGUAUCCCAAACGUGUUAAAAGUGUAUCGGUAUGAGUUGAGUAAAAUGUUCGGAUUGGUAUAAUGAUUGUGUCACUGUGGACUGUCACCUGACGGAUAUCUCUCGUAGACUGUAGGUCACGCUUGUAGCGGUCGCUCUAAUUUUAACCACUAAAACUUUACCACUUUACUGUUAUUUCUAAAUGGAUGUGCCUUGAAAUGCUUUCCUCGAUUCGACUUGUAGAAUAGAGCAUUUUUGAACCCUUUAGAAGGAAUUUCUUCUCUCUGUUUUGUAUGGAAGUUCCCGUAUAAUAAGUGCAAUACACAUCAUUACCGUGCCUUUACCGUUCUAUAGACUUUGUAAGGGACGUAAUUAACAAUAGGUUUUUAAAAAAAUACGCAUUCCCUAACGGAAGGCGACACCAUCCCGUUUAUUUGUUCCGUAUUUUUGUAAUAAAACCGCUUGAUUUGUUACAUUUCGUUAAUUAAAAAUAAGACGCUUCAGAUAAUAAAGAGGAAAGUGAGUUAGGACCAAGUGUUUCCCAAACGCGCGUCAAUUGGUUAAAUUAAAAAAUCGUAAUGCAUCGUAAUAGGAUAGUAUUAACAUUGUGAGACAACGAUACGGUUACAUUUAAUGUAGAAUUUUGAUAAAUUUUUGGCUGUUUGUAAAUACCUACCUUUACAUAUUGAAAUUGAGUAUUGCAUCUCAGGCAUUUGAUAUAUUUAUCUAUUAAGUCACUUAAUCCCUAUGAUAUUUUAUUAUUUUAAAUGAUAUAAGAAAAACAGGAAAGCAUUGUCCAACAGCCUAUAUUAAUGAGUGCAAUACCUGCAUAACAAUUGUGUUCAAAUCUGUAUAGAUGUUCUAUUUUAUGAUGACGAUUUGGAAUAGUUGUGUUAGUAAGGUAAACAGGACACACGCGUUUAAGUGUGUAAUUUAACAAAGCAUAAACGACUUUUUGAAAUAAGAUUUUCUUAAUGAUAUUGCCGUAUAAUAUCGAGAUCUUUUUGCCAACA